AAAGAGUGAGCAACUCGGCAACUCUCAGCUCAGCCAGUAAAGGCAACGCUGGCGGUAUUUUGCAAGGGGGUCGUGUUUUCUCGCUCUCAUGGAAGGACUCAGCCAGCAAGUGUGUUAGUGACAGCAUAGGAACUUGACACGCCCCUGGCAAGACGCACAACACUCGGCAUGGCAGAUACAGCAGGGCCAUCGGCAGGCUCUCGGUGUCCUGAGAUCCACUGGGGCCGGGAGGAAGUGCUGGCUCUCAUCGGCAGUGUGGAAGAGUUCUUUGAGGACUUCUAUGAUGGCACCAAGAAGAAGAAGGCCAUCUGGAAUGCGGUGGCCGAGCACAUGAGGGAGAAAGGCCACUACUGUUCUGGGAGUGACUGUGAUAAGAAAUGGAGGAAUCUCAAGACAACCUACAUCCGAGUGCUGCAGAAACAAGUGCACGGGGACACCACCACCCGCUUUGAGUAUUUUGAUGCACUUCACCACAUCUUGGGGCAGGAAAUUGACCCUCUCGGCAUGAGAGAGCAGGCAAUGAACCAGGGUGUGUCAGCGUCUGUGGCACCCGAUAGCACAGUGCCGGCAGAGUUUCAGGAGCUUACUAAUGACGAAGGGUACCUGUGGACGAGUGAAAUGGUGCACCUCCUACUGGACUACAUGACAGAGUGCCUGGAAGCCUUUGCCACGCCAGAUGCUGAUAUCAGUGCUGUGUGGGAGGAUAUCGCUCUGCAACUGAGUCAGGUUGGGUCAGAGGUGAACAGUGAGCAGUGUCAGCGCAAGUGGCUGAGCCUGGAGGAGAGCCUCAGGAUGCACCAGGCACAGGCGGAGGCCACGGGUGUGCUGCCACUAUGGGCAUUCUACACCCGCACUCGUGAGGUGGCCAGUGCCGUCAAUGUGCGCACUAUUGUGCAGAGAAGCAGGACGGCCAGGACCACCACACAGGAGGAGCCAAGGCAACCACAGAGGAGCCCCAGCAAGUCCCCAAAGAAAACUUGCUUGGGGAAGAGUGUGCUGGCGCGCGUCAAGCACAUCGAGUCCACACUGACUGUAAAGAAGCGACUGGAGCGGCUGGAGGCACGAGUUGAGGCAUCGCGGCAGCAGAAGGAAGCUACAAGGAAGACCAACGUUCUCCUGGUGCAGGUCUUGGCUGAGCUGCGGAGGAUCAACAGCACCCUGAAGGAAGAGGAGGAACAGAUUCACGCAGGGCCAUGUUAGGCAGACUCGUGAUGCUCCACAAUCCCAACCAGAGGGGUCAAUGUGGACCACCUGUGGCCAGCUGGUGAGGUCCAGUGAGGUACAAGUACAUUUUCACCUGAUUCUGGUGUUAGUGGAUGUGUUCUGUGAGUGAGUGUUGUGUGGAUGCUUGUUCAAGUCUGUGGUAUGUUUUAUACAGUGGUUAGUAAUUUAAGGUUGGUGUAUGAGUGUAUAAUUCAAGUUACUGAGUACAAAUAAGAAUAAUGUAUAUAUUUAUGUACAAUGUUCUUUCAAUACUUUAGAUAGCAGUAGUAGUAGUAGUAGUAGUUAUAGAUUAUAAAUUAUUUGUAUGUACAAUUUAUAUUAUAAUAAGUGAUUUUGUGCCUUUAUUAAAAUUUGUAACAAUAAUCAGUCAUUAAAAGUCUGAACAAGUU